CAGUUUGAAAUUGGCAUCACUUGAGAGAGGAACCAUUCUUAGUAGCUGUUUGAAAUUUACAGUUUCCAUGCCUUUUUUGUCAAAUGUGUGAACGGGCAUAGAUAGUGUACGCCUACCUCCUAUUGGUUUUGUGGUCCCUAAGGAUUAUUAUUUUUUUGCCUGGACAAGCUUAACCUAUAUUGGUGACUUGCUGUCCUUGGCAUUUUCUCUACUUAACUGGUAGUGCUGCCUUCAAAAAACGCUGUUGAGCUUCAUGAAAUAGCCUAAAUUUGUUCUCUUGUGGAUUUACGUGAAGAAGACAGAAGAGGACAGUGUCUUCUUUAUCCAGUAACUGGAGUUGACAAGUUUCCUCUUUGAAGCUAAAGAAGGCCAUCUCUUUUCACAGCUUCAAAGACAUAAUUGCUGUACAACUUUGAUCAUCUAUAAGAAUGGAGUGACACUCAUUUGGGAAAACGUUUGAGCCAAAUACUGUUUCCUUUAUCGUAAUGCUGAUGGUCAUGGUUGAAUUUUGCCUCAAUUCUACAACUCACUGUGACCCAUGAAGAGGUUUGGCAGCCUGAGGAGGAGCAAGAAACGUAAAGAGCAAGAUGGGCUAGGAGCAAGGCAUCAGUCCGAGGCAUCAUGUCUCUCUGCCUCAGGGCUCUCCACACCACCCACUACCCCUACCCAGGCUUCCAGCCAACCUGUGUUCACCCAGGAGGCCCAGCAAAGCGGCCCCAGCCCUGAACGCCUGGAGCCAGGUUCCCGGUCCCGCUCCCUCUCCACACCUCCAGACACGGGACAGCGCCUCAGCCUUCCCUCCGCUAAACCCCCCAUCCCUUCCUCAAGCCCUGUGCCAUCUUACUCUACCUCACAACAACAAGUCUACGGCUUAUUCGAAGGCAUGCUGGAGAAACUUGAACUAGAUGAUGAAGCUGCUGAACCAGAGAGUGAUAUUUACAUGCGCUUUAUGAAAUCCCACAAGUGCUACGACAUUGUCCCUACAAGUUCCAAGCUUGUUGUGUUCGACACAGCACUCCAAGUUAAGAAAGCAUUCUUUGCAUUGGUAGCAAACGGUGUACGAGCUGCUCCACUAUGGGACACAGAGAAGCAAAGCUUUGUGGGAAUGCUGACAAUCACAGAUUUCAUCAUCAUACUACACAGAUAUUACAAGUCACCAAUGGUGCAAAUAUAUGAAUUAGAGGAACAUAAGCUUGAGACAUGGCGAGAAGUUUACCUUCAAGCAACAUUCAAACCUUUGGUCAACAUAUCACCUGAUGCAAGCCUGUUUGAUGCAGUGUACACCCUCAUCAAAAACAAAAUUCACCGCCUGCCCGUCAUUGACCCCGUCACAGGGAAUGCACUUUAUAUUCUCACACAUAAGAGGAUCCUCAAGUUCCUCCAGCUCUUUAUGCGUGAAAUGCCAAAGCCAGCUUUCAUGAAACAGACUCUUGGAGAGCUGGGUAUCGGUACAUACCACGACAUCGCUUUCAUCCACCCAGACACACCCAUCAUCAAAGCACUCAACAUCUUUGUGGAGAGGAGAGUGUCUGCUCUGCCUGUGGUGGAUGAGUCCGGCAAAGUUGUGGAUAUUUACUCCAAGUUUGAUGUGAUUAACUUGGCUGCUGAGAAGACGUAUAACAACCUUGACAUUACAGUGACCCAGGCUCUAAAACAUCGCUCACAGUACUUCGAAGGAGUCGUAAAGUGCCACAAAAUGGAAACAUUGGAGACCAUUGUGGACAGAAUAGUCAAGGCUGAAGUUCAUCGAUUGGUGGUGGUAGACGAACGCUCCAGCAUCGAGGGCAUCAUCUCCCUGUCGGACAUUCUCCAGGCCCUGGUGCUCAGCCCAGCAGAUGCUUGUAAGGAGGAGAGCCUGACCGAAUGAGAAGGAGCAUCAGCUGAAGUGGAGACGUGGUGGGAGUACAUAAGUUUGAAGGUUGAGGUAGGGAUAAAGGCUGAGCAGAGCCGGUCCGAAGGUCCCAGAGACACCUGCAACUGAUGCACUAUAGACGCCUGGAAACCAAAGAGUUAGACAGAUUAGUGAAGUGGAGUUCCUGCACUGAGGUUUAGUUUUCUGAAUUUAUUCUUUUUGUUUUGUUUGAACACUGAUCAGAUGCACACACAUACAGUAUAAUAUGUAUAUAUACUGUAGAUACAGACGCACACUCAUUCUCACAUAAUCACAGUGAUGCAUUAUGGUCACCUGCCUGGGAAAGGUGGGUCAAAUGGAGACGGGUUCAACUGAACGAGGGCUUCAGUGGUUUGCGUUGUGUCAUCGGUCACAUUUGGCGGUCAGUGUUGAAUAUCAUCACCUCAAGGAAAAUUCAUCUCGUCAGUGUUUGUGGAAGAAAGAUGAACCUUCACAGAUUCAACCUGUUGAAUACAAAAAAAACAAACCUACACUUCAUCCACCAUGUGGCAAUACAGAGCGAAAAUGCCCAGUCCUUAUUCGUGCCUUUAUUUGCCCUACUCGUACCAGAUGCAGACAGUAUUGUCCUUUUGACCUUCUGUUGUCAAACGAGUGCAAUUUGGAAAUGUGUAGAAACAUAUAAUCUAUAAUAGUAAAAUGUAAAGUACAUGGUGCAGGUUGCACUCAAUUUUACGUACUCUCACCUUUUGUGGUUGGUUGCAAUUUGGGAAAACUAUAAAUGCUAUCAGAAGUGUGGAAUGUGUUUAUCUUAAUGCAUUUAAUUAAAUUUUAAAUAAAGCUAAAAUGAUUUUGACACGAGCAGCAGCAGUGGUCGGAGGCAAAUACAUCUGUACAAUAAAAAGGAUGAAUCAGCCAUGACCUGCAAGAGGCUUUUAACUCAGUUCAUCUGUGCUGGUUUAUUUUCACUGAUUUAUUUUUCUAACGGUAUAAAAUGGACAAAAUGACCUUUUAAUAUUAAAGGCAUUUUUCCAUGUAUUUUCCGUGGUGUCGUAGUUGUCUUUUUUUGGGUGAGAGUCCAGACAAACAAAACGACAUGGUUAUCUCUGCUGCAGCUCGACAGGACUCAUCUCCGUCUUUGACUGUAAAUAGGAUCGUUUUUGGGAAACGUGUCACAGAAAGCUUUAUUUUUAUGAAUGUUUAAAGAGAAUGCAGUUUUAAUGUUAUUUUUGUAAAUAUCGUGGCGAUAUUGUCCAGUUCAAAUAAACUUUCUAUCAGAUCAACAUGUACUGUAAAUGUGCAAAGCAUGACAAACUACACUUCAGCAGUAUGAAUGUUCUUUGUUUUACUUUUUCUAUUUUUCUGGCUGCAGAAAAAUAAACGGACACUGAAUGUA